AUGGCGGCCAGCAGCCUUCGUUGCAUUGCUUUUGCACAUAAGCAGGUUCCACAAGAAGGACUUGAAGAUGGAACAGCACAUCAAAAGAUAACGGAAAACUGCUUGACCCUUUUGGGGUUGGUAGGACUGAAAGAUCCUUGUCGACCAGGUGUGAAGAAAGCAGUGGAAGAUUGUCAACAUGCAGGAGUGAAAAUCAAAAUGAUCACUGGCGACAAUGUUUUCACUGCAAGAGCAAUAGCCACAGAAUGUGGGAUACUUGGGGUUAACAAGGGCAUGAAUGAUGGAUCAGUGGUAGAAGGUGCAGAAUUUCGUAACUACAGGCCAGAAGAGAGAAUGGAGAAAGUUGACAAAAUCUGUGUGAUGGCAAGAUCCUCUCCUUUCGAUAAACUUCUAAUGGUACAGUGCUUGAAAGAGAAAGGUCAUGUGGUUGCAGUGACUGGUGAUGGCACCAAUGAUGCCCCAGCAUUGAAAGAAGCUGAUAUAGGACUUUCUAUGGGGAUUCAAGGCACAGAAGUGGCCAAAGAGAGUUCAGAUAUUGUCAUCUUGGAUGAUAACUUUUCCUCUGUUGCCACUGUUUUGAGAUGGGGAAGAGGGGUCUACAACAACAUCCAGAAGUUCAUUCAGUUCCAGCUUACCGUGAAUGUAGCAGCUCUUGUGAUCAACUUUGUAGCAGCAGUUUCGGCCGGUGAAGUACCAUUAACAGCAGUCCAAUUACUGUGGGUGAACCUCAUUAUGGACACAUUGGCUGCUUUGGCUCUCGCCACAGAGCAGCCCACCAAGGAGCUCAUGGAGAAGCCACCAGUGCGUCGGACUGAGCCACUUAUCACCACCAACAUGUGGAGAAAUCUAAUAGCUCAAGCCUUGUAUCAGAUAGCCAUACACUUGAUCCUACAGUUCAGAGGCGAAUCGAUCUUUGUCAGUGACGAGAAAUUUGGAACUUCAAAUUUUGAAGCUCCUGUAAAAUGGGAUGGUCUUGUAGUUAUGGGAAGACUGGCUCUGUUCAUUGUUGGUUUAGAAGAGCUAAAAUCGGGCAAAUAG